UUUUUUUGUGCUAUGUCUCAUAUGAUUAUAUUGCUUGAUAUUAAUUGUUGUACAACAGAUCAAUGACCAAAAUGAAUUAAAAAAAGUUGUUAUUUGACAACUCCAACAUAUUUUUUCCAGAUUCUCACUGGAUACACAUCCAACAAAUUAUAAUCCAGGUUAAACAAACACUUCCUGUUUCUAAAACAGGGAUGCAAAUCCUCAUUAUCCUGAUUCCAGGAUUAUAGUUCUGGGAUUCUAAAUGCUACCAUAGUUAAAACGAUAAAUGAAGAAAAUAUAGUCUCGUUUGAUCCCAAGACUCAUUGCAGCAGCUUCAAUUGCAAUAAUACUUUGCUUGUUGCAAUCAUUUCUAGGAAAAAGAAAGUCUCGUUUGAUCCACAGCAAAGCUAUGAAAUGAUUAAUAUAUUGUUAUAUGAUGACGCACAUCUCUUUCGUUUUAUGCAUAGACUCACCAUUUCUGUGGCCUUUUAGAAAAAUUGAACUACAGAUUGCGAUACAAUACAUUGAAAAGCAGUAAAUUGGGAGUUUGUCUCCGAAGCAGUCCUCACUGGACUCGCCAUUCCCCAAAUUCUGCUCUCUACAUGCUGAGCCACAUCGCUCACUGAAGCAAUGGUGGAGCCCCCCAGAGGCAUGUCCGAACCAGCUGCUCCAUGCUGUCUUCUUCAUUCCCCAGACUCCUCUGCGCAUUCCCCGGUUACCAACUUCGCCGUUUAUCCGGGGUUAUCUCUCUACGACCCCGCCGACCAUCCCGGCGGGGCUUUAACCGACUUUACGGUCUUCGCCACAAUGACAUCGUCUUCUGGACCAGCAAAAUCUCACGGCUCUGUCGAGAAGGGCGCAUUGACGAAGCGAGGGGUUUGUUUGAUGCCAUCCAUGAACGAAAUGUGGUUACUUGGAACGCUAUGCUUUCUGGGUAUUUGCGGUUCGGGAGAAUUUCCGACGCCCGGAAAAUGUUUGAUGAAAUGCCCGAACGAAAUGUUGUGACGUGGACUGCCAUGCUUUCUGGACUUGCAUGCUUUGGAUCGAUCGAAUCUGCUAAAUCCAUUUUUGAGAUGAUGCCUCGUCGAAAUUUAGUUUCGUGGAAUGCCAUGAUCUCGGGGUUGGUUCGGAAUGGCGACUUGGAGGGUGCACAAAGGCUGUUCGAAGAGAUGCCUGAAAGAAAUGUUGUGACUUGGAAUGCAAUGAUUGUGGGUUAUGCAGAGAAUUCACAAAUGAGAGAAGCGAGGAAAUUGUUUGAGUCGAUGCCAGAGUCUGAUACUGCUAGCUGGACGAGUAUGAUUAUGGGAUACUUUCGAAUUGGUGAAGUUGAUGAAGCCUUCCGAUUGUUUUAUCAGAUGCCAGCAAGAACUGUUGUCUCCUGGACAGCUAUGAUCAGUGGCUGCGUUGCUAAUGGUCUUUAUGGUGAUGCACUGCAGCUGUUCCUUUCCAUGUUAAAAGAAGAAAUCAAUCCAAAUGAAGCUACCUACGUCUGUCUCUUUUAUGCAUGUUCCAGUCUGAACUAUCCUUCCCUUGGAAUGCAGGUUCAUGCACAGGUCAUAACAAGAGGGUUAGAUCCUAAUGAUGAUAGAGUAUCAAAAAGCUUGAUACACAUGUACUCUCGAUUCAGGCUCAUGGACAGUGCCCUGAGUAUUUUCUCUACUAGUUCCAAACAUUGCUGCAUUUCAUGGAAUGUGUUGCUAAAUGGCUAUGUGCAGUGUGGUUUGGUUGAAAAAGCUUUUGAUCUAUUCAGUUUGAUGCCUGACCCAGAUAGCGUCUCAUGGACUACAGUGAUAUCUGGAUUUUUCACUAUUGGUAAGGUAGCAGAGGCAUGUGCAUUGUUUUAUAAGAUGCCAAAGAGAGAUGCAGUGUCUUGGACAGCCAUGAUAUCUGGGCAUGUUCAGAAUGAACUCUUCCCUCAAGCAAUUAACUUAUUUUCACAAAUGCAGGUGGAAGGGAUCAGACCAUUAGGUCACACGUAUGCAUGCCUUCUUGGUGCUGCUGGUUCAAUGGCUGAACUGGACCAGGGAAAGCAAUUUCAUGCGCGGUUGCUGCAGACACAGUCGACAGUUGAUGCGCAUCUUAACAAUGCACUAGUUGCAAUGUAUGCAAAAUGUGGUGCUAUAGAGGAUUCUUACUCUGUGUUCCGUCGGAUGUUGUUAAGGGAUAUAAUCUCCUGGAAUUCAAUGAUCAUGGCAUUUUCGCAUAAUAUGGUUGUCGACAUGGCGAUUCAUCUUUUUGAGGCUAUGAAAAAUGAAGGCCAGAAGCCUAACUCUGUUACUUUUCUUGGGAUUCUCUCUGCCUGUAGUCAUGCUGGGUUGCUUGAUGAAGGCAGGCGGUUUUUCAAGUCCAUGGUUGAAGACUACCUAAUUCAACCAGAAGUGGAACACUACAUAUGCAUGAUCGACCUUCUUGGUCGUGCCGGCAAAGUUAUUGAAGCUGCAGAGAUUGUUCAGAGGAUGCCUUUUGUAUCUGGUCUUGCUGUCUGGGGAGCAUUGCUUGGUUCCUGCAGUCUUCAUGAGAAUAUGGACAUUGCGAUACAGGCAGCAAAACAUGUUCUUGAGCUUGAUCCGCUAAAUGCACCUGCGCAUGUCUUGCUCUGCAACAUGUACUCAUGUUCUGAUCAGCCAGAGGAAGCAGCAAAACUUAGAAACUCAAUGAGGCAUAAGGGAGUGAGGAAAAAUCCCGGAUGUAGUUGGAUCACGGUGAAAGGAAAGGUGCAUGUUUUCCGGUCAGGGGAAAGGUGCCAUCCUUGUACCGACCAGGCUUAUGCAAUCCUUGAAAGCUUCUUAAAUCUGUGCAGCCUCUUCCAUUAAUGUUUAUCAGAUUCUCCGGCUAAAAUUCUUGUUAAAUAGCGAGAUAUGCUGCUUUUCACGUGAAGCCAUAAUCGCAAGUGUCUGCAAUAUAUGUCACUGAAAAGAAUUGGUAAUUGGGGAUGUAUUCAAAACAUUAUGAUUCAUGACAUGUCGAAAAAGAAAUAAAGUUCUGAUAAAUUUGCUAAAAAGAGUUGCUUGGUGCUGAAUCUUCCGUCUGUAAUCUCAGAGAAGAGCCUCAUGUUUCUGA